AUGUCCUCCUCCUACGAAACAAGCUCAGGCCCGAAUCUGUCCGAGAAGCCAGACUUGACUACCCCAAACAAUGCUGUUCCUGGCGACAGUAGUCAGACCGGAUCCGUUGAUGUUGAAGAUGUCGGUGAGGUCUUCCAACAAGCCCAAUACCGGGCUCUCGGCUGGAAACGCACAGUCAUCAUCUUGAUGAAGCUGUGUUUCGCGACCGGCGUUUUGACUAUUCCGUCAGCAUUUAGCGCAGUGGGAUAUGGGCCGGGAAUUAUUCUCCUUGUGAGCUGGGGAACCCUCACGACUUAUUACGCCUACGUCAUGUACGCCUUCAGAAUGCGGUAUCCCGGUGUGCACAACAUCGCCGAUGCCGCUGCCCUAAUGGGUGGCCCCGUGGCUCGCGAAGUCGCAGGCGGUCUGUUUCUUUUGACUUGGGUGUAA